UGACAGGGUAGUGAACGUUCCUCCACACCUUGAACCCCAGUCCCUCCCUCACUGCCUGCUCAAGCCCUCCCUCCUGCAACACCCUCACAUACUGGGCCCAGGCCACACCCACCAGAGGCUCUACCUCCUUGUAAUUACCUCUGCCUUCCUUCCACCGCUGAAUUCCUUCACACACUCUCUCCUCACACCUCCUCAGCUUGUCCAACGGCGUUUUCUCCUCCCCUCCCCCAUAUCGCCUCGCAUUAUCAAACCUCUUCUCCUGAACGCGUCCUCUCGUCUUCUCGCCACGCCCGUUUGCCGAUUCUAAUUGAAGCGCACCGACACUAGUAGCCAGAUUUCUUCUCUCCACAUUACAGCCUUCUCCACAUCCAAAGGCCUUCCCGUCCCUCACACGAAACUCCUCUCCACCACACUGUCGGAGAACGGUUCCUCUAGCCCUUCUUUUCUCGCCGAUUCCCUUCCCACCAGUCCUUUCUCCAUCUCCCUCCCUCGCGCCGGAACCCCUGCUGCGCUCCCUCUCUCUCUGCACGGUGAACUCUCGCCUGCCACGAGAAGCCAUCAACCUGCGCCGAGGGAUCCAUCCUGCGCCUCUUUCAUAAUAAAGGGAGCUCCUCGGAACUGUCGCGAUGCGAUAACGAAAAAACAAUGCAGGAAAAAUUAAACACUUCUUUAUGCGCAUGCGCGGAAGUCGUGAUUACGGAGCGAUCGAUAGAAUGUCCGGCACCCGUCGACGACUUUCGCUACGGCCGUAAAGCUUAGGUGUGUAGAGUUGUCUCUUGAACUGUCGACUAUGACCAGUUGUAGGUAGACAGUCAGGACAUGAUAAGAGUUUGUGAUUCUUGACUCUUCUCGCCGAAACAUUUCCCUGGCAGCUCAGCGCGCGGCUGAUGGCGUCGUCAGGAGUUAUCCCUCUCCCACCGCCGCCCUAUCCCUCCAUUCACUACGGUCCCAAACCACCCUGGCCGCGCAACGGCUCUCUCGCCCUACUACAGAAAACCGGCUUUCUUAGUCCCCUGCGACCGGGCGAUCAACCGCCGGAGAAAGCCGAACCGUUGUCGCCGCCACCUCCGACGCCGGGAGAGAGUCCGGGGGCCGGAACGACUUCUGGCGAGUCACAGUCACCGCUCAUGACCAAGAAACCCAAGCGGACGCGGCGAAAACGGUGCGAGAAGUGCGAGGGGUGUCGUACCAAGGACAAUUGUGGACGGUGCAGUGUCUGUACCAACCCCAACAGUACCAAUUCCAUAUGCAAGCACAGGCGGUGCGAAGUUCUGACGCGGAGGAGACCCUCCGGCUCCUUGCAAACACCGUUAUCAGGAGUCCAGAGGAACCUGUUCUCGGCAAGCUCUCCUCUUUUUCCACCAGAAGGUCUCAACGGUUUUCGUCCAUCUUCCUCCCCCUUCGCCUCCCCCUUCGCCUCUCCCUUCCUCUCCCCGUUCUCCCUGGGUCCGCCUGUCUUCUCGUCCCUCCACCAGAGGGAGCGACCCCCCACACCAGUCAAGGACCCUCCCCCCAGAAGAAGAAAACAGGCUUCCUCCUACCAACCUUACAAGACACCAAUCAAAGACCCUCCCCCUUGUGGGUGUCCUGGGAGCGAUGAGGGCUUCUACUACACACAUCUUGGAGCUGCUGAAAGUCCCGAGGCUCUCAGAGAAAUGAUGGAGAACCGUUUCAGUGUAACGGGGAAGCAACUGAGGCUCUUGGAGAUCUCGUUCACUGGGAUAGAGGCCAAGACCUCGGAGGGAUGCCCGACUGCCGAGUGGAUCAUACGAAGACCUUCGAAAGAGGAGCUGUUCCUGGGGCUCUACAGGCGCCACAAGGGCCACCAUUGUAGCAAGAUCUACACCGUGGUGUCCAUUGUACUAUGGGAAGGGAUAUCGCAGCCACGAGCUGAGCAGAUCUACAACCACCUCACGUCUACUCUCCCAAAGUAUGGGAUGCCGACCAACAGACGAUGUGCUACCAACGAAACUAAGUCGUGUGCCUGUCAGGGCACAGACCUCAACACCCAAGGAGCCUCAUAUUCGUUUGGCUGCUCGUGGAGCGUCUACUACAAUGGGUGCAAAUUCGGUCGCAGCAAAAUCCCCAGAAAGUUCAGACUAUUGGACGAAACACAGGAGCUACCAUUAGAGAAUCUCAUCCAGACACUCGCCUCUGACUUGGGCCCAGUCUACAAGUGGUUGGCCCCUGACUCAUACACCAAUCAGGUGGCAACGCAGAAGGCGGGGCAGGAGUGUCGUCUUGGCAACGGACCGGAGGGCGAGGAGCGACCGUUCUCGGGGAUCACUUGCUGCAUGGACUUUUGCGCCCACAGCCACUACGACCGACAGAACAUGGUCCACGGAGGAGCCACAGUGGUGUGCACCAUCCUCAAGAAAGGAGUUCUCCAACAAGAGCAUUCGGAGGACUCCGAGCAGCUCCACGUCCUGCCUCUCUACCGUCUCACCAACCCACCCGCUGAGAGUGUGGAUGGGAUCGAGGUACGACCGGUCGAGAGCCUCAUCAAACCUUCCCCGAACCCUAGCAGAGCCCCAACACCUCUGACCACCACCACCACUGUCACUCCCCACUCUUCCCUCCCUCCCCAUCUUCUCCCUCACCACCCUUCUUCCUCUCUGUCGUCAUCUGGAGGAAGAGUGAAGAGAGAACUUGCGGAAGAAGCCGUCCUCCCCUCCCCAGGCAGAGCUCCUCAACCACACCCUCCUGCCACACCCACAACAACUCUUUCCCAUGACCUCUCGACCUCUGUUAGCAGUCCUGCCGAAACUCCGCCCCGGGCAAGCUCCACCCGCUGGCAACACGAUAUCGUCAUUGAGUGAGGACAGUCUGAGUUCUCCGCCCUCUGUCUCCACCCAGGGCUCCGCCCACAAACCUGCCAUGCCCGCUCGUGUCAACGGACACUACACCAAUGGUCUGGGCGCUGGGAGGGAGGAAGCAAAGCUCCCAACGUACCAAAGUCUACUCCUCAGCAAAGAGAAUGACAGACUCACAAACGGGCACCACUUGGUAAACGGCCAUACUCUCUCCUCCGCCCACCUCGUUCAGGAUUCCUCCACCGACUCAGACAGCGACUACGGACUUCGGCAGGACUCCCCGCAGCAAGCCCCGCCCCACCAUGCCCACCGUCUCCCGGGGCUCCACCCACAACCCCCGCCCUCUCUCUGGCCGGGAGUUCAAGUGAAGCGAGAGCCUCUGUCGGAGCCUUCCUCUGUGCCUCACCCCUCCCCGUCCCCUUCCUUCUCUCUGAAUGGGUUCACCAUCAGCUACAGCGCUCUGUCUCACUGGAGAAACAGCUGGAGAGAGCUAUAUCCUCGGCCCAGCACCGCCCUCCCUUCUCGUCCACCCCAACCCCCCAGACAUCUGCGGGGUUCUUCGGUUCCCCUAGCACCCCAGGACGACUCUUCAUGGGUCAAAACUCCUUCACAACUGCCGACGAGGACGACGAGGACGAGGAAGAGAUGGACACCAAGACAACCGAUCGCUAUCACGCCAUCUCGGGGGGUGUGGCCAUGGCUCUGGACCACGGCUCUAUUCUCAUCGAGUGUGCCAAGAAAGAGCUCCAUGCAACGACGCCCAUCAGGAACCCCUCUCGUUCUAAACCGACUCGAAUCUCAAUCGUGUUCUACCAGCACAAGACCAUGACUCGUCGCUACCACGGUUGGUUUGAGGAAGAAGAAAAGUACAGGAAGCGGAGGCAAGAGGAGGCACGUGUCAAGGCAGCCAAGGAGCACGCUGCACUCCUCCAUCGUGCAGAGGUCACGGGGUUCAGAGUCCAACCAGCAGUUCCCGGGAGAUUCCCGCCACCGAUGUUUCUCAACCCAGCAGCCUACGUGCUGCCCCGAGUCGAUCCAGAUGACAGUCAGAGUGAAAUUGAUCCAGAGGACCUGGACGACUUCUUCGACCCCUUCAUGCUGGACGAGAUUGAGAAACCCCUGGCAAUUGGUCGCGUUCCAAAGCCCGUCCCUCUCUCCCAGGUCGAGGAUCCAUUUUACCUGGAGCUGCCAGUGAAACAAGUGGACAUGGAGGAAGCUCAGUUCAGGCCACCGCCGCUCAAUGCCAUCUUCUACCCCACUCCGUUUGUCCAGACCCCAACACCUUACACCCCGUCGUGCCAUUACUCCUCCUGCAAACCAACCAACGUUUUUUCAGGAAACUGGUCGAGAACUAGUACCACCACUUCUACUAGCACCCGCACUAGCACAACACCGCAUCUUCGAAGUAGCUCGGUCCUCUCAUAAUCACUCCCUCGCUCUCUAGGCUUUCACGUGAGGACCUUUUAAACUUUUUCGCCUUAGCUCGUGUCAUCAUGUGACUCUGUCGUUGUCAUCAUUAUUAUUUAGGUUUAUAUUAUUAUUAUUAUUAUUAUUAUAUGAUAGAAAUUUAGUUUUAUAUACUCUCACUGCUUGAGUAUAUUAUAUCCUAUAUAUAUCACACUGUUUUUUACUCACCCUCAGUGGAAUAACUAUAAACACACUCAUUGAAACAAACAUAGUAUGGUUUGCUGUGAAAAUAAAAGUUGUUGAGAUCACAACACAUCAUGUGCCAGUUACUAAACACUCUACCAGCCACCUUCUCCUUCUUCCCCAGACCCCUCCAUCUGAAGUUUCCCCGUAACUGGAAUCAUUUUGGAGAUGUUGUCCAUCAUGGACCCGCCCCCCAGCGAGUGUUCCUCCUUGUCUUUCCUCUCCUCUCUCUUGUCCUUGUUCCUCCCGCUCAUGGCCGUCCGUCGCCGUCCAAGAGCCGCAGUCAGAUCUCCCAGCAGGUCUCCUCCUGCUGGAGCCUCCUCCUCUUUCUUAGCUUUCCUCUCCUUCUUCAUCUGCUUGGCACUCUUCAGCCCUGCCUUGGAUGCCCCUCCUGCUUUCCUGAUAGCUUCCAUGAGAUCGGCCCUGUCAUCUCCACCUUCCCCCUCAUCUUCUCCUCCCCUCUCUCCCUCUGUCUCCUCCUCCUCGUCCUCCUCUCCACUGCUGUAGCCAACUGAAGGCAGAGGAGCAGUCAUGGGUUGAGGAGGAGGAGGGGCUGGUUCGGGCGGAGGUGGAGGAGGUGGAGCAUCUGAUGUUGGAGCAGCAGUAGCAGCAGGGGCAGAGGGGUCAGCGAGGUCAGGUAGCUCCGGUACAGACGCAUUGGCCAGCGACGGAGCAAUACUCUUCCCAAUGUCAGCCGUGUAGAACAUGUCGGCCGCCACGUAGGGGAGUGAGGGAAGGAGAUCAGGUACCUCCAGCUCCGGGAGCUCUGGCAUGACGGGGACGUACAUCACACUGUCAUGUGGCCCACUCAGCAGCUCCUCUCCCUGCGUGAUGGUUACCGGGGCCUCUGCUAGCUCCUCCCUCUCUCCGAGAUUGUCCCUUGUCUUGACCUUUGCCCCCGAGAGCGGGUCCAGGAGGACGUAUUUCUUGUAGGGGU